UAUAUUUAAUUGGGUAGUGAUGACCGCCAAAACCUCCAGUCUGCAGAAGGGAGUAGAUUGCAAGUUUGGUGCAGACUGCAUCUUCAGAGUGGCAGCAUCUGAAAAUGAAAGCGCUGGCGCGUAAUAUUCAAGUAUUUCUUAAUAGUAAAAAAUAGGUAAUUUUUCCAAAUACGAACAUGAAUACGUCUUCACUGAACCACUCUUCGACGACGUGGAAACCCGAGUCUGUUAUCAUUUCUCUGGCUUUUUCGCUUAUUUUUUUGGUCGGCACCGUUGGAAACUGCCUGGUCCUUGCAGUUCUGCUACGUAACGGACACAUGAAGACAACUAACUUAUUUAUCCUGAACCUCGGAGUGGCAGACUUGUGUUUCAUUGUUUUCUGCGUUCCUUUUCAAGCCACAAUCUACACCUUAGACGAGUGGGUCUUUGGUUCUUUCGUGUGCAAGUUGGUACACUUCAUAAUUUUCCUGACCAUGUACGCAAGCAUCUUUACGCUGGUGGCGGUGUCACUUGACAGGUACCUAGCCAUCCGCUACCCUCUCCGCUCCAGAGAGAUGAGGACGCCUAGGAACGCCCUCACAUCCAUCUGCCUGGUGUGGGGCAUGUCCCUGGUCUUCUCUUCCCCUUACCUCAGUUACUACCAGCUGAUUGACCUGGAUGGCAGCCUGCUCUGCAUCCCCGCAUGGGAGGCCCGGCAACGCAGGGCAAUGGACGUCUGCACCUUCGUGUUUGGCUACCUCCUCCCCGUCCUGGUGCUCAGCCUGACCUACGCCCGGACCAUCCAUUACCUGUGGACCACCGUGGACCCCAUGAAGGACAUGUCGGAGAUCAGGCGGGCCAAGCGCAAGGUCACCAAGAUGAUCAUCAUCGUGGCAGUGCUCUUCUGUCUCUGCUGGCUGCCCCAUCACCUGGUCCUCCUCUGCAUGUGGUCCGGACGCUUCCCCCUCAACCACGUCACCUACGUCCUCCGCAUCCUCUCCCACCUGGUGGCCUACGCCAACUCCUGCCUCAACCCCAUCGUCUACGCCCUCGUGUCCAAACACUUCCGCAAAGGCUUCCGGAAGGUGUUUGGGUGCGCCUUCAGGAAGAGCGUGGUCAACAAGGUGCAUGUGGUUCAGGCGGUUCAUACGGUCAGCAGUGUGGAGGGCGGGUCCAGUGAAACAUCCAAUCAGAGCCAGCCUCAGAGCGGGACUGCGGAAGACAAGCGUGGGCUGAAGACGGGCCUGCAGAUGGACCGCGGCAGCAGGCAGGAUCCUCAGAGCAGUGGCAGUGAGAACAUGACUGGCAGUGAGAACAUGACUGGCAGUUUGAUCCCCAGUGGGCAGAGAGAGACCGUGGUGGUACCACACGAAAACCAGUUAGUAGCAGAAAAUACCACUUCCAAAAAAGGCAAUGUGUAAAUUUCAUACGAGGGGCCAAGGGUUGGUUUUGUGUCAUUUCCUGGCUUCUAAAUAAUGACUUGAUAGGAAGAGGCUGAACGUGUUAGCGUGUCGCAAGAUCAUCCACUUGUCACAGUCGUCGUUCUCGUGUGAGGUCAGUGAGCUUGAUCCAUGCAGCCUUGUCAAGGUGAAUGAAACAUGGAGCUCAAUCUCUAAUAUUUAAACGUUGGUUUACCUUGUGGUUCACCUAACACAUGCUGCACACUGAUUCAACUAUUCUGUUCACAAUAAAUUCACGGACGGCUUGUUUUCUUCUAAUAACUGGAACUUACACUUUCAAACUGUGUAGAGAAAAUAGACAGAUUCUGUCGUUCAAUAAACAUUCCUACGAAGUUGCUUAUGAAGUAAAACUGUGAGCAAAAUGUCAGAAGGAUGGAACAUCAUCAUGGUUCAUUUCUCUCGAUUGGAAGUAUCUUGAAACAAUUAUGGCAAUUUUGUGGGAGGAGAACUGUCUUGUAAAGUUCUACUGGAGGCCUGUGUCAACAGCGAAGAAACAGCUGUAGCCAUUACUGGUCUAUAAAAUAAGUUUAAACACAAGCCGUUAUGUAACUUGCAUCUACCAAGUCAUGUACAGGUCAAAAAUAAAUACAAAAUUACAAACAAAAAGAAGUAAACUCUCAUGGAUGUUGCUAGUCUAAUCUAGCCACUGCUUCGUGUUGUUGGCAAUGAUGUGCAGCAUGAUUUUGUACAGUCAGUGGAAAAAAGCGAGUGUUGCUGGCUCAUUUAAUGUGACGUGUGGACUGUGCUGCUUUCGAUAGUGUUAAUCUGACAGCCUUCGAGACUUGGGUGACUCAAACGGACGCAGAAUGAAAGUAGUACCCUACCCUUUCAUUCUGCCACCUGAAGAAGAAAAAACAUGUUAGGAUUGUGAAACUAGUUAUUUAAUAUGAGGUGUCCAUCUGUUUGCAUUGAAGUGUAAAACCUGCUGUAUCCUUGUAGUCUGGCAUAUGUGUGU